UGCGGUCGCGAAAAGUUGCGAGGCGGUGGUCGCGGAAGCUCCCUCUCCCUCUGCCCCUUUGCCGACGGCGGGGUUGCUCCGAGCAAGAAGGGAAUCUCUGCCUGGCCUCCCCCGGUUCCCUCGGAGUCUGAAUGGGUCGCCGGCCGAGCACUUGGGCGACACUUCUCUCUCUCCCCCACACACACAUUCAAGUAGUCUACGGGUCGGGAGAAUCUCAUUUCAAGUUUUUGCUUCAACACAAAGCUUGAAGAAGCAGACAUUGAGAUGCUGAUGAGAUCAAGACAGUGACCCAGUGAGUUUUUCUAUUUCCUGUUCCCGAGCCGUAUUACCAGAUUGCUGUGAAAAUGAAUGGAGAACAGCAACGUGAGACAGAUGCAGGGUCUGUUGUAGAAGAAGCAGAGUUCAGUUGGGAUGACUAUUUGGAAGAUACAGGAGCAACAGCAGCACCUCACAGCUCAUUUAGACAUGUGGAUACCAGCCCACAAAAUGGCUUCACACCAGGCAUGAAAUUGGAGGUUGCUAUCAAACCUGGCCCUGACACUUACUGGAUUGCCACAAUCAUUACCACUUGUGGGCAGUUACUACUUUUGCGCUAUGAUGGUUAUGGAGAAGAUCGCAAGGCUGAUUUCUGGUGUGAUAUCAUGACAGCUGAUUUGCAUCCACUUGGCUGGUGUGAGCAGAACAAGAAGACCCUCAAAGUGCCUGAAGGCAUUAAGGAUAAAAUUCCCAAUCAGAUAGAAUUCCUUCAGCAAAUUCUGAAAGGAGCAUGUAGUCCUCCUGCUGGUCUUCUAGAAGGGCUCCAUCGAGGAAAAAAUUCUUUGGAUCUUAUUGCACCAGGGUCACGACUUGAAUGUCAGCACAUAAAUAGCUGUCUAGGAGCUUGGAUAGUCACUGUUCUGGAAAACAUUGGUGGAAGACUCAGGCUGCGCUAUGAAGGACUUGGAGAUGUAGAACAAUAUGACUUAUGGAUGUUCUAUUUAGAUCCCUUUCUCCAUCCAAUGGGUUGGGUAUCUCAGCAAGGAUACAUUCUUGAACCUCCUUUAGCUAUUAGGCAUUUGAAGACUGAAAUAGAAUGGCAAGAAACUCUAGCAAAAGUAAAAGAAGAGGAAGAAGAAUCAUUAGUGCCCACUGAUCUGUUCAAGGACAAACCUGUUGUUGGAACUCAUGCAUUUUCUGUAAAUAUGAAGUUGGAAGCUAUUAAUCCAAAAGCUCCUUUUGCCAUAUCACCUGCUACAGUUACAAAGGUAUUUGAUGAUAAAUAUUUCUUGGUAGAAAUAGAUGAUUUGAGACCAGAUUGUACCACAAGACAGCCUUUUAUUUGUCAUGUCAAUAGUGCUGGACUUUUCCCUGUGCAGUGGAGUCUGAAAAAUGGCUUACAUCUCAACCCUCCACCUGGUUAUCCAGGUCAAGACUUUGACUGGGCAGAUUAUCUCAAGCAAUGCGGAGCUGAAGCUGCUCCCCAAAGCUGCUUUCCUCUGUUUAAUUCUGAGCAUGGUUUUAAGGAGAACAUGAAACUUGAGGCUGUGAAUUCAGAAAACCCAGAAGAAAUCUGUGUGGCUACUAUUACAAAGGUGAAGGAUUCCUAUCUCUGGCUACAGCUGGAAAGUUCUAAAAUCCCAGUCCCUGAAUUCAUAGUGAGUGUGGAAUCUAUGAAUAUAUUUCCAGUUGGUUGGUGUGAAACUAAUGGAUACCAGCUUAGACCUCCUCGCAGAGUAGUAGUGAAUAAGGAAAAGAAAAUUGCAGUUGUUCAACCAGAGAAACAGAUAUUAUCUUCAAGGACUGUCAGUGAAGGAUUAAAGACCCAGGAACUGAACUCAGCGGACACUAUUGUAACAAAUGGUAAAUACUGUUGCCCAAAGAUCUACUUUAACCACCGAUGCUUCUCAGGACCUUAUCUUAACAAAGGGAGAAUUGCAGAACUCCCACAGUCUGUAGGACCUGGGAAUUGCGUCCUUGUUCUUAAAGAGGUUCUUUCUUUAUUGAUCAACGCUGCUUACAAACCUAGUCGUGUUCUUAGAGAAAUACAACUAGAUGAAGAAGCUUCGUGGCAUGGAUAUGGGGAGAUUUUGAAAGCAAAAUAUAAAGGAAAGAGCUACCGAGCUACAGUGGAGGUGGUAAGAACAGCUGAUCGAGUUGCAGACUUCUGCAGGCAGACCUGCAUCAAACUGGAAUGUUGUCCAAAUCUUUUUGGCCCCCAAAUGGUGCUAGACAAAUGUUCUGAGAACUGCUCUGUUCUAACAAAAACCAAAUACACCCAUUAUUAUGGAAAGCGGAGAAACAAAAGGAUUGGCCGACCACCUAGUAUCCACAGCAACAUUGAGGCAAGCAUGAAAAAAGCAAACAGGAAAAGAAAAAAACGGAAAAACUUCUUUGUUCAUAAGAAGAAGCGAUCUUCUACCUCUGUAGAUAACACACCAGUGGGAUCACCCCAAGGAAGUGGCGAUGAGGAUGAUCAGGAUGAGAUAGACGAGGAGUCUCUUACUGAAGACAGUACCUCUGAGCACCAGGAGGAACUGUCUGAAGUAUCAGAGAAGAAAUCACAGUCAUCUUCCCCAACACAGAGUGAGCAGUCUCAUUUUGGGGCUCCAGACCGGGACAAACGGAAAAGAAAACUACGGACUUUUUCUUUCUCAGAUGAUGAAAAUAGGCCACCUUCACCAAAGGAAAUAAAGAUAGAAGUUGAUGAAAAAUUACAGCUGGACAGCAAUCCUCUGGAAUGGAGUGUAGCAGAUGUUGUGCGGUUCCUUAAAUCUACAGAUUGUGCGCCAUUAGCUAGAAUAUUUCUGGAUCAGGAAAUAGAUGGGCAGGCACUUCUCUUGCUCACUCUUCCCACGGUUCAGGAGUGUAUGGACUUGAAGCUUGGCCCAGCCAUUAAACUUUGCCAUCACAUUGAAAGGGUUAAAUUUGCCUUCUACCAGCAGUUUGCCAACUAAAACAGGAGGAAGAAGAUAAGCUGAACCUGAAACUUUGAAGCACAAGUGCAGUAACCUGCUUUUCCUUCAGCAGGAAGAACCAAGAAGGGUUAGAUGGAAACUGCUUAUGAACUGGCUUUACAGUUUUGCACUUUGAGUGGGGAAAAUACUUGGAGCAAAAUAUUAAUGCAAUCCUAACUAUCUUUGCAGCUGUCUUUUGGCUUAAAAAAGUAGUUCUUACUCAUUCUGUACAUCAGGGCUUUUUUAUGAAUAAAAGAUGAUUUAAAUAUCUUUUGCGAGGAGAAAACAAAUCCUCCAAUUGUGGUAUGGACAGAAAGAAUUUACAGCAUGUGGAAAGGAAUGCAGAAGAUGAGCAUUUCUUUGCUGCUUGCUGAAUGACCGUCCUCUUUUUUAUUUUUAUUUUUUUUAGUCUUGAAGAUAAUUUAAAUGAGUAGACUAGCUGUUUGCCAAGAUACAUGGUGUGGCCAAAAGGUUAAAAGUGAAAUUGCAGCUUCUUUCUGCUUUAUUUUAGAGCCUGCUCUCUACCUCUAAAACCAAAAAAGGCUACAAGGCAAGUAAAAGAAUGAUACAGCUACUGACUUUUCUGUAGUUAAAUUAUGGAUGCCCCUCUUUUUCUACUGUCCUGACAGAAUCGUAGCCUUUAGCAGCUACAGGAUAGUCACAGACUGAAGAAGUAGCAUUCUUUAUUAUGGAGAAAUAUUGAUAAAUGAAGAUUGUGCCUGUCAUGUUGCAGAUAAAAGUAGAGAGGGAAAACUUAGAAAUUGUGGAUAUUGAUAUGUGCUAUGGGUAAGCUAAAGUUGCACAGAAAUAUUGCCACACCCCAGAAAUAUUUUUUAGGAAAUAUGUAGCUAUUUAGGGAAAAUUACAUAGUCUUCCCUUGCUAUUUGCUUAAAACUGAAUUUGUAUCCUUAGCAGAAGAAUGAAUUGAGCUCCUUCCAGGUCUCAAAUAAGUAAAUUUAUCAAUUGUUACAGUUUUGUAAAUGCACCCAUAGAACUUGAUUUUCUUAAAGUAUAUACAGAAGAAAAAUGGUGGCAUAGUUUGCAU